UGUGGCUAGUUACAGGGAAAAAGAAAUCGAAAUCCCAGCGACCACUCAAUCCAGUCUCUGCUCUCCCUUCCCGCUCCCGCCUCGAAGAUGUUGGUCUCAUCCUGCGCCAUGUCUGCUCAUCCUACACUUCCCACCAGAGCUUCCACAUCAUUGUCUUCCACUCGCCUUUCUGUUCCUACCGGUCUUCAUUUUCGUUGCGACAGUCCCUUUGUCCCGGAGGUUGUGGAAGCAGUAAAUGUCUUGCAUCCUGAGUUCAGAGCUGUUGAUAAUUUGGUAGCAUGCAAUACCAACCGUGUUCUUAAAGCUUUCCAAAAUGCUCGAGUUGGAUCUCAUCAUUUUGGUGGUAGCACUGGUUAUGGCCAUGAAGAAGCUGGGGGACGAGAGGCCCUUGACCAAGCUUUUUCAGAUAUUGUCGGGGCUGAGUCAGCCAUAGUUCGCUCUCAGUUCUUCUCAGGUACCCAUGCUAUCACUUGUGCUUUGUUUGCUGUUUUAAGGCCUGGGGAUGAGCUUUUGGCAGUUGCCGGUGCUCCCUAUGACACCUUAGAGGAAGUAAUUGGAAAGAGGGACUCUGGGGGACUGGGUUCUCUUCAAGAUUUUGGGGUGAAAUAUCGAGAAGUUCCGCUUGCUGAGGACGGUGGGCUUGACUGGAAUGCCUUGAUGGUUGCUGUCAAACCAAUAACGAAAUGUGCACUGAUACAGAGGUCAUGUGGAUAUUCAUGGCGUCGGAGUUUGAGUGUUAAUGAAAUAGGGAGGGCAAUAAAGAUAAUUAAAAUGCAGAAUCCCGACUGCUUAGUCAUGGUUGACAAUUGCUAUGGUGAAUUUGUGGAAAGCAUUGAACCUCCCAUGGUGGGUGCAGAUCUGAUUGCAGGAAGUUUGAUCAAGAAUCCAGGGGGAACAAUUGCACCAUGUGGUGGAUAUGUUGCUGGGAAAAGAAAAUGGGUUGAAGCAGCUGGUGCUCGUCUUUCUGCACCCGGGCUUGGUGUAGACUGUGGCUCAACACCUGGCAAUAUAAUGCGGUCUUUUUUCCAGGGAUUGUUUCUUUCACCUCAAAUGGUUGGGGAGGCAAUCAAGGGUUCCUUCCUGGUUGCUGAAGUCAUGGCAUCUAAAGGGUAUAAAGUGCAGCCACUCCCACGUGUGCCCCGAUAUGAUACAGUGCAGGCCGUACAGCUUGGAAGCCGGGAGCGUCUGCUUGCUUAUUGUGGGGCUGUUCAGAGAAGCUCCCCUGUUAGUUCAUAUACCAAACCAGUUGCUGGUACAACUCCUGGUUAUGCAUCAGAGGUGAUCUUUGCUGAUGGAACCUUCAUUGAUGGAAGUACUAGUGAGCUUUCAUGUGAUGGGCCACUUAGAGAGCCAUUUGCUGUAUUUUGUCAGGGUGGCACCCAUUGGACUCAAUGGGGGCUAGUUCUUGGAGAAAUUUUGAAGUCUAUAUGAUCCUUAGGAAGACAAGAAGAUUAAGAUUGGUUCAGAAAAUUAUUUCCCAUUGUUGCUUCACAUACGUAGCCUACAAAAAUGAUUUGCCUAUGAGAAAAUCAUGGUGUUGUGCUGCACACCGAACUCAAACUGCUUAUGGAGGCUUGCUAGCUCUGCUGAUUAGGGGAAAAAGUGGUGAAAUUUUGGGUAAAAGGGUUAUUAGUUGUCAUGUUUGUGCAUUUUAAUUAAACAUCGACGGGUUCGAGCUUCAAAGAAAAUUUUUCUCUUCCUUGGGAAGCUUAUUGUGAUGUGGAGACUGUAAUGUUUUCUUUUUGCACAUUGAAGAUACGAUGGAUUAUCCAAUUCUUAAUAUUAAUAGAGCUGACCUGGCUUCAGCUCUUCCAGCAAGGUCCAUGCCUCGCCAUAAUCUUCAAUUAAUAUUUUUAACCUGUUCAAAUUGAUCCCACUUGUUCAAACGACCUUGAAAAUAUUAAUCAUAAAUUAUCGCAAGAAGUCAGGUCUGCUGCCAGAGCCAGAGCCAAGCUUGUUCCAUUGACAAUAAAAAGUUGGAUAGUCCAUCGCACCUUCAAUGUGUUAAAAAUAAAAACGUUAUAGCAUCUACAUUAUAAUAAGUUCUCCAUGAGAGAAAUUAUCCCCGAAAAUAGAACUCAUCAAUGUUCAAUUAAAAUUUGUGUGUUGUUAAUUCACCUCUAGUCUGGUAGUCCAAUCGGAAAAAAAUAUUGAAAAGCCAAUUGAUUUCUUAAGAUUUUAACAAGAGCAUGCAUCUUUUCUCAACAAGGUUCUCUCUACUUUCUGUUUUGAUCAUGUUUCAAGCUAGUAAUGGCAAAGCUAGAAGCCUGGGCUUUGUAAUAUAAUGUCACAAGGUUAUUACUCUCUUUUUAAAAGAUUAAUCCAAUGGAAUGUACAGCUCAUCUGCUCAUUAUAGUUAAAAAUCUUCCUCAA